AUGGAGAAAGAUACACGUAAUCGUUAUUCAAAUGGUUCGUCAUCUGCUUUAUUCUCAUCACAAAAUUCUUCAAUGACAACUAAAAAACUUGUGAUAAAAAAUUUAAAAACUUCUGCACUUACACCACCACCGGAUUAUUUUGAUAAAAUUUGGCCUUUACUUAAACAAGCACUUGAAGCUAUUCUUAAUGGUAGAAAUAGUCCAACAAAUGAAGAACAACUUUAUCGUCAUAUUGAUCAUCUAUGUACAACAUCAAUGAAUGAAACAAAUACGUCUUCACCAAGUCUUCUUUAUGAAAAUUUAAAAAAAGUACUCGAUGAUCAUAUACAAACUCUACGACCUCCUUUACUUACUGAUGCGAAUGACAGUUAUGAUUAUCUCCGAUUACUUAAUUCUAUUUGGAAUGAUCAUAUUGUGCGAUCGGUACUUAUUCGUCAAUUAUUUAUUGUACUUGAUCGAACUUAUGUUUUACAUGCAGCUGUGCCUAGUAUAUGGGAACUUAAUCAAGAUUUAUUUCGCCGUUAUAUAAUGCAAAAUUCGAUAAUUUCAAAUAGAUGUAUCAGUGGUCUUCUAAAAUUAAUCGAACAAGAAAGACGAGGUGAAACAAUAGAUAGCAGUCUAAUGAAAAAUCUUCUUCGAAUGUUAAUUGAUCUUCAUCUUUAUAAAAAAGAUUUUGAACCAUCAUUUUUACAAUCAACUGAAGAACUAUAUCAUAAUGAAGGUCGUCAAUUAAUUCAAAGAUUAGAAUUAAGUCAAUAUCUUUCACAUAUUGAACGUCGUCUUAAUGAAGAACAAUUACGAAUUAAAAAUUAUAUUGAUCAAUCAACAAAAGUUCAAUUAAUUCAUAUUGUUGAAAAUAAUUUAAUAACAAAUCAUAUUAAACAAAUGCUUUCAAAAAAUUUUGAUACACUUAUUGAUGAAAAUCGUUUUACAUCUGUUGCUUUAAUGUAUGAUUUAUUUCUUCGAAUUGGUCCUAAUGCCAUUCAUGAUCUUCGUGAAGCAUUUGGAAAUUAUACUAAAGUUCAUGGUCGUGCAUUAGUAAUUGAUGUUGAUAAAGAUGAUAAAAUGGUUGAUGAAUUACUUGAAUUUAAAGAAAAAUUAGAUCAUUUUGUUCAUGAAUGUUUUCAUAAUAAUGAAAAAUUUGUAAAUAUACUUAAAGAUUCAUUUGAAUAUUUUAUAAAUCAACGUGCGAACAAACCAGCUGAAUUAAUUGCUAAAGCUGUUGAUGCAAGAUUACGUGCAGGAAAUAAAGAAGCAACAGAAGAAGAAUUAGAAAAAAUUCUUGAUAAAUUACUUAUUUUAUUUCGUUUUAUUCAUGGAAAAGAUGUAUUUGAAGCAUUUUAUAAAAAAGAUUUAGCUAAACGUUUAUUAGUUGGAAAAAGUGCAUCUGUUGAUGCUGAAAAAUCAAUGUUACUUAAACUUAAACAAGAAUGUGGAAAUGUAUUUACAAGUAAACUUGAAGGAAUGUUUAAAGAUAUUGAAUUAUCAAAAGAUAUUAUGUCAGCAUUUGAUCAACAUAUGAAUGGUCGUGAAACGCCAGGAAAUAUUGGUAUGUCUGUUUAUGUAUUAACAAUGGGUUUUUGGCCAACAUAUCCGUCUGUUACUGCUAUUCUACCACCUGAAUUUUGUCGAUUACAAGAAAUUUUCACAAGUUUUUAUUUAAGUAAACAUACAGGACGUAAACUUCAAUGGCAAUAUACACUUGAUCAUUGUUUGCUUAAAGGAUGGCUUAAAGAAAAGGCAAUAAAAGAAUUUCAUGUAUCACUUUAUCAAGCACUUGUUCUUCUUCUUUUUAAUCGACAUAAAGAUCUUACUUAUAAAGAUAUUCAAGAACAAACUAAAAUUCAAGGACCUGAAUUACAACGAACAUUACAAUCAUUAGCAUGUGGAAAAAUUCGUUUAUUAAAUAAAAAGCCUAUGAGUAAAGAUAUUAAUACCGAUGAUCGUUUUACAUUAAAUACUUCAUUUGAACAUAAAUUAAUUCGAAUAAAAAUUAAUCAAGUACAAUUGAAAGAAACUCCUGAAGAAAAUAGUUCAACAACUGAACGUGUUGUUCAAGAUCGUCAUUAUCAAAUUGAUGCAGCUAUUGUUCGAAUAAUGAAAACACGUAAAACAUUAUCACAUGCUCAGCUUAUAUCUGAAGUAUUUUCACAAUUAAAAUUUCCUUUAUCAACAGGCGUUGUUAAAACACGUAUUGAAAGUUUGCUCGAACGUGAAUAUAUGAAACGAUCAGCAGACAAUGCUAAUAUAUAUGAAUAUCUUGCUUAA